AUGGACCAAAGGCUAACACUCAUCCUCUCACCUGCAGGCGGCCGAGGCGGCUUCAACGCGCCCACGGGCCCCCCCGACCAAGUCUUCGAGAUGGGCGAGUUCCAGCACGCCGUCGAGGGCGAGAUGCUCUGCCGCUCCGUCAACGUCAAGGUGCCCUACUUCAACGCGCCCAUCUACCUCGAGAACAAGGUGCCCAUCGGCAAGGUCGACGAGAUCCUCGGCCCCAUCAACCAGGUCUACUUCACCGUCAAGCCCCAGGAGGGCAUCGUCGCCACCAGCUUCAAGGCCGGCGACAAGGUCUACAUCGGCGGCGACAAGCUCCUGCCCCUCGAGCGCUUCCUGCCCAAGCCCAAGGUCCUCGGCGAGAAGAAGGUCAAGAAGCCCGGCGGCGGCAUGGGCGCUCGCGGAGGCCGCGGCGGACCCCGCGGCGGGUUCGGCGGGCGCGGCGGGCGCGGCGGGUUCGGCGGGCGCGGCGGCCCUGGCGGUAGGGGAGGCGGUGGUUUCUCCCGGGGCGGCGGCCGUGGAGGUUCCUUCGGCGGCGGCCGUGGCGGUGGUGGCUUUGGCGGUCGGGGUGGUGGCCGUGGCGGCAGCGGCGGCUUUUCAAGGGGCCGUGGCAGGUUCUGA